AUGGGUAAUAGUGUUUCUGUACCGGCGGCCGCUGGUAGUAAGACCAUGCCACGACGGACGGUGAACGCCAGAACACUCACAGCACCUAUUGUCGCCUUCACAAUGGCUGGUGUCCUCUUCGUCUACACACGAUCGUCCAUCAAAGCGGCUAAAAUCAACGCUGCGAAACAUCGCGACGCAGACGGGGGCGAGUUAUCAUGGAACAAGCAGCAUUUACGACAACACAACAAAAUAGAGAAAGUCGAUAGUACGGCUGUUAGCAAUCUUCGGGAGAGCCUCAUAGGUGACUCACGACGAAAGAACAAGACAAAGAGUGCAGCGGAGGUCGAGAAGGAUGUCGCAGCCGACAAGGAUUGGUACUCCAACACCGAGAAAGAUUUAAGGUCGAUAUUGGGAAAGGACCAGGAAUCAAGAAAGGAAUGA